AUGGAUUUUGCCCAAAUUUACUUUCUUGCAGUCACCGGCUUGAAGAUCUCGUUGCUCAUACUCUUCCUUGCGGCAAAUGGUUUCCUCCUUGGUGUUGGCAUCAGUGACUUGGCAGAGUUAGAGCAGCGAACGGCGGUAAUUGCAUCAGCGAACCUUAUGCUUGUCUUUCUCGGUGGCAGAACAAAUGCCUUGGCAGAUUUUGUCCAGAUCCCACUUUCCACCUACUAUGUUGGUCACCGUUGGAUUGGGGUAGUUGCAACCUGUGAAGCUCUAUUGCAUUCGGCAUUGGCCUUGUUUCGCCGUCAGAAAUUCGACGCUUUGACCAAAUCAGGAUAUGUACAAGAAGGAAAAGCCAGAAUCCCGAUAUUUGUAUCAUGUGGGCUAUUGGGAAGCUCCCACCUCUAUAGAUGGGCAUGGAUGUUCAUCCUUGGCCACACAGCAGGGACCGUGAAGAAUCUCUGGGAUGAUGGCAAUAUUAUGCGACUCCAACUCGGAACUGACAAACCUGUCACAGUCUUUCCUGGCUGCUACUUUUAUUUAUUCUUCACUGGCCCCCUUCCUUUUUAUGAUCUUUUUCAUGGCUAUGCCAUGAUGCCAGUGUGGAGCAACCCAGACCAAUAUGUAACAGGCCAGGCCUCCGAUCUCACGUUCUUAAUCUCUCGCACCAUAGGACACCAUCGUCGAUCGCUAGGUUCGAUCUUUCCUGAAAGCCGGCUUCGGCUUGAUGGCCCUUACGGCAAAGACUUGAAGCUUCACACUUUUGAGACCGUUGUCCUCACUGCAAAGGGUUUGGGCAUUUCGGGCAUCCUUCCUUUUGCACUUCAUCUGGCUGCUCGAAAGCGACAUGACAAUGGGUUGCGUGACAAGUCUGCGAGGUUGCGUGACUCGAGUGAGCCUGUCUUUGGUGAUCUAAGUCGGCACGUAGAUUUGAUCUGGUGGUUGGAGCACGACGAUCAAGAUAGGUGGGUUCAUGAUCAGCUUCAAUCUCUUCAGGAGGUCGACAACAAGGCAUGUUUGACCCGUUCGUUGAGUCAAUUGAUUGCUAAUAGCCAGAAGUUCCUGAUCGUCUGGUGCAUUUAUCCUGUCAAAAGAAAUCCUGAGCGCAAGCUCCCAUUUACAAGUAACGAAUAUUGGUCAAGAAGAUACAACUUUGGCUUUGACGAGUUCUCAAGGGAGCUUCGACAAGAAGCUCGAUACCCAGGCCGAACAGUUGUUGUCGCAUCUGGGGAGGAGAAAUUCGUCAGCAUGAUGCGCGACAUGGUCGUACAAAAUACAACAUCAAAACGUCUUAUUGAAUUCGCCGAUGUAGAAUAUCACACGCAGCCUGGGGGGUUUAAAUCGUCGUUCUAUAAUCCACCAGACUCACAAGCUGUCCUUGUUAACUCAAAUACCCCCUCAAUUUCGCAAUCAACGCCAAUUGAAAUGACUGAGAUGGAUAUUUCUGACCAACAUGUCAGUAAGGCUAAGGAAUUUGCUCAUUGCAGCGGGCAGUUCCAGUGUGGUGGGUCAGCAAAAUACACCAACUUAGCAGGCUGCGUCCAACACUUGUACCUCGAGGAGUUUGGAGAAAGAGUCACCGCUACGGCAACGAGCUAG